ACAACAUCCACCUUCCCCACAGCCUUCGAUACCAGCCUAACCAACAACUUCACCAGCACGACCUGCUCCCCCUUCAUCCACUCCCUCCUCCAAAACACUACCCUCACAUCCUGCCACGCCAUUUCCCUCCUCCUCCGAAACAGCGACUCCUUCUUCCACGCGCUCACCUCCGCCGCCGCCACCUCCUCGAUCCUAGACACCGCCUGCGACGCCAAUAUAACAAGCUGCAGCGCCGCGCUCUCCUCACUGGCUAUCGCCCUGCGCCAGCCCUCUGCCUGCGGAAAGGAUUACGACGCAGGCAAUCAGCUCGUUGUCGACGCCUAUACCGACCUAAUCACCUACGAGCCCAUCUACCGCGCCACCUGUCUGCAGUCACCCACCACCAAGGAUUACUGUUUCGUGGAUGCGGUCACGAAUACGUCGAACCCUGUAAACUAUGAUGUGUAUUUCAUGCCGUUUGGGAGUGGGAUAACCACCGCGCCGUGGCCGACGUGUAAUCUGUGUUUGGAGGCUACAUUGGCGGUGUAUGCCCAGUGGGCGAAGGUAGAGGGACAGCCGCUUGUACAGGAUUAUUUGCCUACUGCGGAGGCGAUCAAUGGGGUUUGUGGGGCCGGGUUUGCGGAUGUCAAUAUUACGGUGGGC